AUGGACACCUCUGACCAUGCCAUUGCUCGCCGACACAUACCUUAUGGCAUAACUGCGCCUCAGAAUGACGAAGAGCAACGGGUACUGAGCAUCGCAAUUGUGAUUGCUUCAUCAUUAUCCAUCUUGGGUGCCGGGUGCAUCAUUCUCAGUUUCGCGACCUUUCGAGGCCUUAGGCUGUUUAGACACCGUUUGAUCCUAGGCCUAGCCGUCAGCGACUUCCUGCGAGCCGUUGUAAUACUCGUGCCCGCAGCAUUGGAUUUGGCAAACCAGCCAUUGACAGCAGCUUCGAACUACAGUGCUUGUGUCUGCGAUGGCUUCAUGGUUCAACUUUUUGUCACCCAGUCCGAUUAUUGGAUUUUGACGAUCGCAAUAUAUACAUUCAUUAUUGUGACGGGGCAAAAACAGACUGCCGCCUGGAUAGACAAUCACCAACCCGUGGUUCUUGUCAUUCCCUGGGCUUUGUCUCUUAUAUCUGCUGGCGUCAGCCUCACAAUAACAAGUUACAAUGAUAUUGGCUCAUGGUGCUGGAUUCACCAGGAGAGUGUCAGGCUUUGGUACAACUUUGUACCUAGGUGGACCAUAAUCGUGGCCAUGCUGGUCAUGUAUGCGCGUAUAUCGGUCGUUCUCAGAAAGGCGCAGAGGGGGUUCGGAACAGCGGUUUCGAAGAAGACUACCGCUGGUCGUCCAAGCUCGGGGGAACCAAAACCAGACGGCAUCAAUGCAUUUGAGCCUUUGAGUCUUGCAGAAGAAGGCGGUCGGUGCUCUGUGACAGAGAACAGCAACCGACUGAGAAAGCUCGCUCGCCACAUGGCGAUGUAUCCGAUCAUCUACAUCAUCCUAUGGAUUUUGCCUACGAUAGUCGUUUUGUAUCAUGUCUCGACGAACACUGCGGCCCCCUUUCCUCUCCAGACUGUCGACAAGUCCUUUAUUGUUAUCCAGGGAUUCGUCAACGCCAUCACAUAUGGUGUCAGCGAGUCAUCCGUAGCCUGUUGGCGCACAUUAUUUUUUUCUCAAGAUAUCGAGGAGAUUACGGAGCAGGAUGGUCCUCAUUUCCCUGGCUCGCCAAGAGGGAUGACAUCAGAACAACGAAACUCAAAUGCUUUGAUUUCGCAGAGUCUCAGCAUGCCUCUGGCACCAGAGAGCCCUUCCGGCUCAAUAUACGAGGAACUCGGAAACGAUGCCGACAAUCACCACCCUGCCGUUUUUGACAACGAGACUGGCUCUCUUGGACUUGACGAUUUGGGAGAUAGCUUGGACCAUUCGGCGGAGAAUACAUCGAUACUAUAA